UCGAUUGUGACUAUGUCCCCAUUAGCCAAAUCAAACAAUUAAAAUUUAAAAAAACAAUGAUUCAAAUUGAUUUGACCAAUUUAACCCCAUUUUCAAUUCUCAAAUAACAUUUUUUUAAAGAAACAGUUUAAUUGUGAUUGUCUGUGCAGUUCCACCACACAUGAUGACACUGUGGCCAUGAACUUUCCAAGUAAACAUUUCUCAAAAACCCCAGUCGAAUGAGAAAGAACAGUUCAGUGUCAGCUGGUCUUGCUGAGACCAGAUUGAGAUGUAAACUUUGUGCCAGUAGAGUUCAAGGGCCAUUUAGGGGAAACAUGCAACAUUUUACUCUGUUGUUGACUGGUUUCUGACCUGCAGUUCCAUGGGUUGAGGGGAGGGACAGAGGCUCAACAUUACUUACUGCAUCUGCAUUCAGAGGGGAUUUUGAGACAUCUCCAACUCACAUAGCUUGCAUAUUUAUGUUAUUAUGCGUUGAACUGUGAAAGAUGUGCAGUCAGAGAUGACAAACUCUGUGUGGGACAUGAGGGGAUAGAGGAAAACAUUUGCUAUACGUGACUCAAAAAACAAUGUUCAGUACAGUACAAAGAAAGUGCCUGGACAAUUGACAGGUAAAAUCAUAAAGAACACAUUAAGGAAUACAUUCAUGAAAAACAUGAAUACAACUGAAAAACAAUUGUAGUUUGUUGCAUGAAGUGGGGGUAAGUGAACUUGGCCUCAACAAAUCGUCAAAAUCUGGUACUAUCAAGUUUGGAUGGAUUUUACAGGACAUAGGCCUCUGCUGGAUGCCCUUUUUCCAAACUCAGCUGGCUUUAACUAGACCAAUCAGUUGUCAUAAAAUCAAUACUCACCUUGCUCUUAGAUCUCAAUAAAUGCAGAGAGGGGAAAGGGAACAUCAACUGUGAAGCGAUCUUUCUAGCCAGGCAACAAUUGAAGUGAAACCAGCUACAAUCAGCCUAAAACAUGGAAACCUUGGAAUACCAUGAACUUGUUCAGAGAUACUAUGGCUCUCGCCUGGAGAUACAUGGUAAUCUAAAGACCAGUGCAUCAUGCAUGUCACCAUCCACCCCAAUACCCCAGAGCACUUUUGAUGCACUUCGACUAGUCCACCCCUCGGUCUGCAAAAAAUACUCUGGUUGUGGGCUGGUUGUUCCUGAGAAGCUACAGGGCUGUAAGGUGCUGGAUCUGGGCAGUGGCUCUGGCAGAGACUGCUUCAUUCUCAGUAAAUUAGUGGGCCAGAGCGGUCAUGUCAUCGGCAUUGACAUGACAGCAGAACUGAUCCUGGCAUCACGCAAAUAUGUCCAGUACCACCAGCAGAAGUAUGGCUACGAGAAGCCCAACACCAUAUUUGUGCAGGGUUACAUAGAGAAACUGAAUGAGACGGGAAUACAGAGUGGUUCGCUGGAUGUUCUGGUGUCAAACUGUGCCAUGUGUCUGUGUCCUGACAAGAAGCCGGUUCUCAGGGAGGCUUUCAGAGUGCUCAAGGAGGGUGGGGAACUUUACUUGAGUGACAUAUAUUCCAGCAAGGCUGUUCCGGAACAUUUGAAACAAGACCCAGUUCUGUGGGGUGAAGGCUUGAGUGGUGCCCUCUACUGGCGAGACCUGAUAUCUCUAGUGCACGAGGUGGGCUUUAGUACUCCAUACCUUCUCACUGCAAGCCACAUCAUGGUCCACAAUAGUGAGUUACAGAAGAAAGCAAGUGGCAUCACACACACCUCUGCAACUUACCGCCUCUUCAAGUUGCCCAAAAAUAGAAAGCAGAGCGACGCAGUUGUGGCUUACAAAGGAACGGUCCCUGACCAUCCCGACCUACUCAAGUUUGACAUGUAUCAUUGUUUUGAGACAGACAUAGAGGUAACCGUGGAUGCAGAAAUGGCAGCCGUGCUUCAGCAUUCCCGAUUCUCCUCUGACUUCUCAAUCCAAAGCUCAGACAAACCUGCACCAAGCCCUAAAUGUGCCCCUCAGGUAAACCCUCUAGUAUAUUUCCUCUGGGCUAUCCAGAAACCAUCAUGCAUUUGUAUAUUUUUAUAUGUGCUACAUUACAUGAAGAGAAAGAAAGAAAUUCUAGUCAGCAAUUCUUAUCAUUGUAAUUAAUAAAUCCUCAUAAGUUGAUCCUAUGGUCAUGUAUCUGGCAGGGCUACAUGUUCUCUGUUAUGUAGAAGUACAGCACUUUCAGCACCUUCAUCCCACUCAGGUCACAGCAUCACUCUGAGCAGGAGG